UUCUCUCUUCUCUCUUUCACUCCUGGUUUUCUGCUUCUGGUGAAAGUUCCCUGCUUUAUCAUGAGAUGAUUUUUCAGAUCCUUCAAGUGUUAGCUCAUUAACAAACACCAUUGUUGUGCUUAUGUAAAAUAUUGUUAUCAAGGCUCAUAAUUGCUAAGCUGCUGAUUCAAAAAAGAGGCACAUGAACAAACUACUUUAGACUACAAUUCAGAAGGCAAGGUGAGACUCUUUUAGCUAACAAAUCCUUCAAAGUGUUUUAUCAUUUGCUAUCUUCAAUCAUAUCAAAUGCCAAGAUCAAGGGGAUCUGAUUUGCCUCAACGGCAAUCUCCACGAGGAGCACAUCAAACUCGGACAUCAAGUUCUGACUCUGAUCCAUUGCAUCAUCGACCAAUUGCUGAUCGAAGUCCAAAACUAGGAGACCGGCGUUCCCCAAGAGGUACUCAAUCUGAGACACUUAAUCAGAAGAAGCUAGGAACUCGCAUUGCAGAUUUGGAAUCUCAGCUUGGUCAAGCACAAGAAGAGUUGAAAGUUUUGAAGGACCAGCUAGCUUCUGCCGAGGCCGCAAAGAAAGAAGCUCAAGAUGAACUAGUGAAGAAAGCCGUGCAAUCAGUAGUGCCAGUGGUAGAGAAGUUCCAACAAGGUAAGUGCACUUCCAAGCAUGCUCAAGAACCUAAUAAAACUGAAGCCAAACCCCAAGAUAUUAUACCUGAUGACAACCAACAAGAGACUGAUGUGUUUGAAGUUCCAAUUGAAAAGUCGGCAAUUGAAUUCAGCAAACCCACUGAUCAAUCAGAGAAGGAAGCUCAACCAUUUGAAGACUCAAAUGCACAAGCAACAUCAAAGCCAGAGAAGCCUAAUGUGGAUGAAAUGAGACUCAAGGAUGAUGAAAUUGCACUGCUGAAGUCAAAUUUGGAAGAGAAAGGGAAGGAGUUGGAGUGUAUAAGCAAUGAAAAAGAGAAUAUGAAGAAUCAACUGAAUGAAGCAGUUUCAAAAGUAUCGGCCGCUGAAACCAAGGAAGAAGGAAUGAACUUGCAGUUGAAGCAACUGAGAGAAGAGUUGGAGGCUAGUAAAACCAAUGCAGACAAGUUGAAUGAGAAGUUGAAAUCCGUCGAAGCAGAAAAGGAGGGGUUGGAGUCAGAGAUGAAGAAGCUAAGGGUGCAAACUGAGCAAUGGAGAAAAGCAGCAGAUGCUGCAGCUGCAGUGCUGGCUGGGGGUGUGGAUAUGAGUGGAAGGAUUCCUGAAAGGUGUGGUUCUAUGGAUAAACACUUUGGUGGCACAUUUGAGACACCUGCUGUUAGGUACAAUGGUUAUGUUGGCUCUCCUGGUAUGGCUGAUGACUUGGAUGAUGGUUAUGGAGGUGGAAAGAGGAAGGGUUCUGGGAUUAGAAUGUUUGGUGAUUUAUGGAAAAAGAAGGGUCAAAAGUGAUUUAUGCAUUAUAUUCAGUGAGUGAAUUCGUACAAGUACUUUUAACUAAACUAAAUGUUUUGAUGGUAGCAGAAACCAGCUAAAACAGUUGCUUACUGU